UGCCUGGGAAGGUGGCAGGUGUUUUCACCUUUUUUCUUUUCUCUCACUAGAAAUGGUACCUUUCUCUCACUAGAAUUUAUUUAUUUUUUAUAAAAAAAAUAAUUUCAUUAUAGUAUCUGGGUUUGGAUGUUACUGUUGGACGAGAGACAACCCACCAGUUGUUGCGGCUGUCUGAAGGAGAGAGGAAGAGAGAGAGAAAAAGAGUGAGAGAGAGAGAGAGAGAUGGCGAUGGGAUCACACCAGAUUUUCAAGUAACAGAGACCCCAUCCAUACCAAUUCUUACAACAAAUCCCUCCCAAAUACAUAUCCAUACCCAUCUUUUCUCCAAAUGUUCCUUAGAUUUGGACUCUGAUGCCUUCUUCCUCAGGGGUUUUGAGUUUCACAACAAUAUACUAGAAGUGGAACUUUCCUUUUGUGCCACACUCUGAAGAAUUCUGAUGGGUUCCAGAUUCCCAUCCCAUCAGCUCAGCAAUGGCCUUUACGUAUCAGGAAGGCCAGAGCAGCCAAAAGAAAGGGCUCCAACUAUGAGCUCGACUGCGAUGCCCUACACUGGCGGCGAUAUAAAAAAGUCGGGAGAACUUGGGAAAAUGUUUGAUAUCCCCAUGGAAGGUAAGUCGAGGAAAUCUGGACCUAUAAGUGGUCCUCCUUCAAGGACUGGAUCAUUCGCAGGUGCUGCUUCACAUUCUGGACCAAUCUCUAAUGCUGCAGCUAGGGCUAGCUAUUCCACGCCAGGUCCUGUAUCAUCUGCUGGACUUUCUGGUUCAGCUUCUGUGAAGAAAUCAAAUUCUGGACCAUUGAAUAAACACGGUGAACCCAUAAAAAAGUCAUCUGGGCCCCAAUCCGGUGGAGUAACACCAGUUGCCCGCCAAAACUCAGGUCCUCUACAUCCAGUUCUCCCCGCAACUGGUCUCAUUACAUCGGGUCCCAUCUCUUCUGGGCCAUUAAAUUCAUCUGGGGCCCCAAGGAAGGUUUCUGAUCCUUUGGACUCGACGGGCUCAUUCAAAGUACAUGGUUCCUCUAUUGCUCACAAUCAGGCCGUGACAACACUUAGCCAAGAUGAUGACUAUUCCUUUAAAAGGAACAUCCCAAAGCCAAUCCUCUGGGCGAUGAUUCUGCUAUUUGUGAUGGGUUUCAUUGCUGGUGGGUUCAUUGUUGGUGCAGUCCACAAUCCUAUUCUCCUCAUUGUUGUUGUGGUUUUAUUUGCUAUGGUUGCUGCAUUAUUCACUUGGAAUACUUGUUGGGGGAGAAAGGCUACUAUAGGUUUCAUUGCCCGUUACCCAGAUGCCGAGCUUAGGACAGCGAAAAAUGGACAAUAUGUGAAGGUUUCUGGGGUGGUGACGUGUGGAAAUGUUCCCCUUGAGUCAUCCUUCCAAAAAGUCCCUAGAUGUGUUUAUACGUCUACAAGUUUAUAUGAGUAUCGAGGAUGGGAUUCAAAAGCUGCCAAUCCUACACAUCGUCGUUUUACAUGGGGUCUUAGAUCCUCAGAAAGGCACGUGGUUGACUUCUACAUCUCGGAUUUCCAGUCUGGGUUGAGAGCAUUGGUUAAGACUGGCUAUGGUGCGAAGGUGACACCAUAUGUGGAGGAAUCUAUCAUUGUUGAUGCCAACCCACUGAAUAAAGAUUUAUCUCCACAAUUCUUAAGGUGGUUGGCAGAGAGAAAUCUUUCAAGUGAUGAUCGAGUAAUGCGAUUGAAAGAAGGGUACAUCAAAGAAGGAAGCACGGUAAGUGUAAUGGGAGUGGUUCAGAGGAAUGAUAAUGUGCUUAUGAUUGUCCCUCCACCCGAGCCAUUGACCACAGGUUGCCAAUGGGCUAAAUGCAUCCUUCCUGCUAGCCUCGAGGGUAUUGUAUUGAGAUGUGAGGAUGCAUCAAAGAUCGAUGUUAUACCAGUGUAAUAGUGCGUGUUGUCACAAAGCACUUUCAGGUAUUGCUUCAUGAAAAUUAGUUUGUUCUCUUCCUAAUAUAUAGAUGGUGGUUGUGGUUGUUUGUAACAGUGAUGAUGAUCAGUGGUAUAGUUGUUGUGGAGGCCUAAUUGUAUUUGAUAUUUACUUUUGUGUAUAGCUGUUAUUAGGGUAUGUUUUCGUUGUUGUUUCUAAAAAUAGAGCUUGAAAGGUUUUGUAAUGGGGAUGGUUGGGAUUAUUGUAUGCCAUGGUGAAAUUUACAUGUUUGAGGAGGAGAUUUGUUCGUUUUAUGUUAACUGGGGAAAACACGCUGUUGUAUUGGGUGUAUUGUGUUUUAUUUAGAACUCAGUGCUUCGGCUUGUGGCCUCUUUAUACUCACAUUUUUGUUAUUAUUCA